UUAUGAGCAUGCAGGCAAGGUUAUAAAGGUCAAAUUGAGAUAUCAACUUAUAAUUAUCACAGGAACAAAGAAGAGCUAAAUUAAAAUGGCUGAGGUUGGCUGGGACGAGGUAACCUAUCUAAAGAAAAAGCCACAGAGAGCUGCUGAGGCAAAGAGUUCAAAAGUUCUAAAUGCAGCACAGAGGAGGGGAGAAGCUGUUGACACCACCAAGAAGUUUUCUGCAGGCGGUAACAAACAACAUAUAGGAUCUCGAGAUACAGCCAAACUUGACAGGGAAACAGAGGAGCUUCGCCAUGAUCGCGUAACUCUUGAUUUUGGACGUGCCCUUCAACAAGCUAGGAUGGGAAAGGCGUGGACGCAAAAAGAUUUGGCAACUAGAAUCAACGAGAAGCCUCAAAUUGUGAACGAGUAUGAAUCUGGAAGAGCUAUUCCAAACCAGCAAAUCAUUUCAAAGAUGGAAAGAGCUACAGGCAUUCGCUUGCGAGGAAAAGAUAUUGGUCAGCCAUUGGGGCCAAAGAAGAAGAAAUGACUCUUAAGAUUUAGCCAUGCGCAUCUCAAUCAUUGAAACUUGUAUUACUAUAUAGGGCAUAUUUACACCCUUGAUUAUACAUCGUUAAAACUUA